CUCAAAAGGUGAGGCCGAGAGGUAAUCAAAACAUUCACACACCAUUUCUUCCUCGCACUUGCACACACCUCACUCUGUUUUUCUCCCCCCCUCCUUUCUCUUCUCUGUUUUACCCCUUUCUACAUUUUCCCUGCUUUUUUAAACUGGUUUUUUCAUGAUUUUUCUCUUUUUCUUUUCCUUUUCUUCGUCAAAAUCAUCAUAGAGAGGGCUUAUUUGUCGUCCCUCGAAAGGGUUGUUAUUUGAAAAUCCCAGUUUUUUUUUUAGUUUUUUAAAUUGUUCUUUUUUAAAAAAUUUUUUAUUCCCCACUCUGUUCUUAAUUUUUGGUAAGAAACAGGUGGCUUUUAUUUGAUUUUUUUAGUAUAUAUAAAUAGUUUUCAAUGUGGAGAAAUAGUUGUUCGGCAGUAGGUGAACCGUUCAGCGGCGGCGGCGGCGGCGAGCUAAUGGAAGCGCUUGAGCCUUUUUUGAUCAAGACCGCUUCUCCCCUUCCCCCUCCUCCUCCUCCUCCUCCGCCGCCGCCUCCGCCGGCUUCUUCUCUUUUUCACUCUGAAAUAUCCCCGUUUUACCCUCCACCUCCAUAUUCUUUCUCUUCUCCCUCCAUUUCUUACCACCCAGUUAGGAGCUCUGACGGAGUAUGUUCCACCUCCGGCGCCGAUUUGCUCCCCCAGCGGAUUUCGGGGUUUGGGUUCGAGCAACCGCGCGGGAUUGGGCUGAACCAGUUGACGGCGGCCCAGAUUCAGCAGAUCCAGGCUCAGGUCAAUCGCCAGCAGCAACAGAUGUCGGAUUUUGGGCCGUUUCAAGCCCAGUGGUCCAAGCAACCGGCCCAUAACCUCAGCUUCUUGGGCCCCAAGGCGGUUCCCAUGAAACCGCAGCCGGCGACGAAGCUCUACAGAGGGGUUCGGCAGCGCCACUGGGGGAAAUGGGUGGCGGAGAUCCGGCUGCCCAAGAACCGUGCCCGCCUCUGGCUGGGAACCUUUGACACGGCGGAGGAAGCCGCCAUGGCUUACGACGAGGCGGCGUUCCAGCUCAGGGGCGACUCGGCGCGGCUCAAUUUCCCGCACCUCCGCAAGAACGGAGCCGGGCUCGGGGAGUUCCGGCCGCUCCACUCCGCCGUGGACGCCAAGCUCCAAGCCAUCUGCAAGAACAUGGCUGAGGGGCAGGGCGUUGACCCGAAGAACUCAAAGCGGUCGUCGCCUUCUUCGUCUUCAUCAUCGAAGCGGCAGCGCAAGGUGAAAGAAGAGGCGGCCGCCGGAGACGAAGAGGAAGAGGAGGAGGACGGCAAGGCGGCGGAUGAAGGUGGUUACUACAGUUACGGGUCGGGCGGGUCUUCGCCUGUUUCGGAUCUAACGUUCCCGGAAUUCACGGGCGAGGAAUCAACAACUUGGGACAUGUCAUCGGAUUUACAUAAAUACCCCUCGCAUGAGAUUGACUGGGCAUCUCUUUAAUUUCAUUUUGUAAAAUAUAAAAUUCGAAAAAUUAGGUAAAAAAGAAAUUAAAGAUAGGUGAGAUGUAAAAGGGGGGCCCCACUGCAAUGGAGUUUUUGGCAAUUGCAGCGAAGCCUGGCCGCCCUAAUAGAUCAUUAAUUAAUAAUUAGUCCCUCCGUUG